AUGGCAGCCCUGCGUCAUCUUCAGCUGGCGAUGUGUUCACAAUACAUUCCGGACUUCGUUACCAAAUGGCGGUCAACCCUUAUUGACAUUAUUGCAAAGAAUUUAAAGAAGACUGAUGAAGAAGUAGCCAUAUCAGCGGUGCUCCUUGCACUUGCAUCUUUACAAAUCGGUGAUGAAAUGGGUUCCGAUGUGGAGGACUGUUUGACCAUUCUUCGUACACAUGUGACAGACCACUCGAAAACAGAGCAAUUGCGCGCUCUUUGUUCGUUUUCUAUUGCAAUUACUAGUCAUGUCGCAUGUACAAACGAUGAGUCCAUAUCGGCCAGCACCAAGGAUGCCGAUAGUUCUUCAUUGGAUGUCGCGUUCGGCGACUUCUCCAAGCUGGCUUCUUUCUUGGAAGCUGACCAACUUGAUAUAAGGGUCGCCACUGGAGAAGCGCUUGCUUUUCUCUAUGAAAUUAGGUCCGAAUAUCGUCCCAAUUUCCGGGUUUCAAAUCACCAACAAAUUGUACAGCAGCUGAGCGCUCUGUGUAAUGAUAGUUCGAAGGGCAAAACGAAAAAAGAUAGGCGCGUACAGCGGUUUACCUUCAGGCAGAUCUACUCAACCAUAGUGGAUAAGGAAACUCCAUCACUGACUAUAAAAUUCAAUAGAGAAUCAGUAGUCCUGGAUUCAUGUUCAUCCAAAUUGCUCUAUGACAUCUGUUGCGAGCUUCUUCACGGUGGUAUGAUGAGACAGCUCCAAUACAAUGAAUUAGUCCGAGAUCUAUUCGGUCUGGGACCCGUUCAAACAGUUGACCAACACGAGAGAGUAAAUAAAUUUGCAAAGAUGGCAGCACAUGAUGCAGCAUCCAAAUUUAGGAAUAGGAUACGUGGAAAGCAAAGGGAUAAGCGGAAUGUUGUAAUAUAA